UUGGAUUCUUCCUUCCUACGGGAUUUAAAGUGACUAUGGUGGUUGUCAGACAAAGUGACUGGCAGUACACAACAGGAAUCUUGCUUCCACCUGUGGGGGCCCAAGAAGCCAAUGUGUUAUAGAAAAGGAGCCCAGUGACUUUUCUAGUCAGCCUUUCUACAUAGCCUUUCAACUGUGUGCUCCCCAGGCUGCUGCUUUGGGGGGCAGGGAUACAGGUCAAGGUGCUUCGGGGCUCCUUCCCAGCUCAACUUCGAGCUCUAUUCUUCAAGCUAAACUCAAUUGUUUGAGUGAGUUCGGUUCCCGUUUGUUCAUGCCUUCCUUGUUUCUCAACACUGCCAAUAAGAGAAAUUGCAGCCGUGCCGCACAUCCCUUACGUUGUCUGAUACACACAAACCGAUAAAGCAUGAAUGGACAGAGUAAUCUGAUUUAUGCUGUCCCCCAAGGGAAUCUGUUCUCCUUGCACUUCUCUGAGCCUUGUUGCCUCUCACCUCACCACUGAUAAUUCGGAUAACUUUCUCCCAGAGGUGGUUGGGUUCCCCCACCUCCCUCUUUUCUUCCCUCCCUGUUAUCUUUAUGCUCUAAAGGACAGAAGUUAGUCAGAAAAGACAAAAAGUAUUGUGUAGAAAUUAAGACUGACCCUCACAGAACACACCAACGCUGGUUAUUUCUCCAGGUGAACAACUGCACAUUAUUUUGUUUUCUCGCACUGCUGCUAAAACUAAAGAACAUUUAGCUUGUUCCUCGCCCAAGUUUACUGGGGUAAGGUACUAAUGCUGAGACCUUAAUGGGAAGAUAUGAUAUGCCAUUGUUUGGAAUUUAAAUAAUGAUGCUUCCCUCUCUCUAUAUAUAUAGAGAUACAUCAUAUAUGUCCCUUACAAAGAAUAUAACGUUUGGGGGCAUAUAUUGUAUAUUAAUUGAAAUUUCACAUUUCCCCCAAUAUCAGCAUAAUCCCAUUGUGCUGCAGCAUGGAAACACAUGGCUGCUUCAGGAGUGAGGAAGGCCUGGAUGAAGUAAUACCAUUUUGAUUGAGCGAGCCCUCACAAUUUGCGACUCACCCUUUCUGACUUGUCAAGUUCCCCCCCUCAUCUUUGUUAAUGAGCUUUUUGUAUUUUUUCAGUAUGCCAUUACCUUGAAGCUAUUUGUUUCCUGCCUUCGGGCUUUAAAAAUGAAAAAUGCUCACGCUUCCCCUUUCUUGCAGGAGGUAGGCAUAUAGGAGGUAGGUACACAGCACAUCAGCGUGCAGGAGGUAGGCGUUCAGAAAAUAGGUGGGCAGUGGGCUAGCUUCCAGAGGUUGGCAUGUAGACAGUAGGUAUGUAGGGGGCAGGCAUAUGGUAUCCAGUUUCAUUCCCAUCAGUCUUCAGAGGCAACAGAGAGCACAACCUUUGAGAUGAACCCUUGGUAAUCAGCCUUAUGUAGUGACCUAUCCAUUUGUCUAGCAUCCCUUAUUUGAGACUACUUUAAAGAAAGGAAAAGAGGACUUGGAGGGAUUGCUUACACACCUAUGUGUAGACAAAUACACACAUGCACACAAUUAAAAAUAAAAUUAAAAUCUUAAUGAAAAGGAGCGGGGAAACCUGUUAUUGGGAUUGAUAGUGGAGCUUACAGGCCAGAUGCUUUCUCCCGUUCAAAAGUGUUGUGGGCUUUGCGGAGUUUUACUUUGUAAUUUGGCACCAUUCUCCUGUAGAACACUAGAAUGUUCAAAAGUGCCCAAGAAUGCCCCCUUGGAGAUCUCCCAGGUUUCAGCCAAGAGCUAGAGAAAGUAGUUUUCUAUUUAUUCAUAGUAGUCAUCUUUCUCUUCCACAAAACCAUUAUCUUGAGAAUUCCUAUCUGAAAGUCUGUCUCCUGCUGCUCACCUUGUGACAGACAGCUUCUCUCCAUCGUUGAGGACUCUCUUAAGGCCUCUGUCUUCCUGACACUGUGCCUGACAGUUAUUAUCAAUUAUGAACUUUGUUUGGUAGACCAGAUAGACUUUUUAAGUCCCUCCAGCUGCCCUGGCUGUGAUCUCAUCCCACCCUAAGCUGUAACAGCUAACUGGCUAUGGUUAUUAUACCAUUCAUGCUGUGUUUUCCACACCAAGCUUGACCUCAAUCUGAGAAUUCACCAAAAUGGUCUUCUCUCCUGAGAAGGUCUCACAGAUGGUCUAGUCCCCCAUUUAUUUCUUCCCUCCAUCUUUUCUUGGAGCAGUUACAUAAGGGCAUGUAAGUGUCUGACCUGCUUGCCUGAGACCUGCUUUUCACAUCUUCUAGUGUGAUGGAGAUGUAACAGUUAACUUUGAAAAUUCAAACGGGCACAUGAUACACAUCGGAGAGGAAGCUACCCAAGAGGAGAAUGUAGGGAAACCUGAAGAAGGGAAUGUCUCUGUGUGUGAGAAAGGACCACCUCGAGAGGAACAGGCAGAAGAGAAGACAGAGAACUCUGAGAUCCACUCUGAAACACCGGCUGCUCUACCUCCUACCGUUCCUUCUAAACCUAAACCCAAACCCAAACCAAAAAAGUCUUCUGUGCCUCCCAAAGGAGGCACCACGUCUGGGGCCAGCCACAAAGGGGAUGAAGUACCUCCUACUAGAAAAAAUGUCAAGGCUCCCAGUAAGCAGGCCCCCGUCCCUCCGCCCAAGCCAACGAGCCGAAACACAUCCCGGGAGGCUGCUGGUUCCUCUCACCCGAAGAAAACAACUGGUUCCAAAGCCUCAUCCUCACCAUCUGCUUCGUCCACCUCCUCUCAUCCCAGAGGACCCAAGGAGUCACUCACUGGCAAAGCAGGCGCGGUUGGGACCACAAGGGGCAAGAAAAAGAUUAGCAAGCAGCCAGCAGCGGCGGCAUCCCGACUGUCCCCCAACACAGUCACUUCUGAAACGUCUAGUCUUAAAGGAGAGCUCUCAGACACUGGGGUAGAGAGCCUCAAGCCAGAGGAAACUGUUGCUGGAGCAGAGGAGGAGGCCACAGGCAAACCCAAGGCGGUCGUCGUCGCUCUGCCACCUGUCACAGUACCGCCAUCUUCACCUGCCCUUCCUCUGCCCCCUGAGGAUCCAUGCACUAUUGCCUUGGACACUCCCAUGGUCCUAGUCAGUGAUGGACCCACCCUGCCCAUCUCUGCCUUAGAAACAAGUCCGCUCCCUGGGACUGAAGAACCAGCGAACAGAACCACUCCGUACUCAAGCACCGGCUUAGGUGGGAGCCGAGAGCAGGCAAAAUGUUUUACAACCAAAGAUGGGCCGGGAAAGGCUGGACCUCAAUUGCUGACCCCUGGACAGAUGGGAGACUCAUUAGAAUCCUUCAGUGCCCCAGAGGAUGAGGCCCCAAGAGAGUACCAAGCCAAUGACUCUGACUCGGAUGGACCCAUCUUAUACACAGAUGAUGAUGAUGAAGAAGAUGAUGAUGAUGACAGCACUGGAGAAAGUGCAUUGGCAAGUAAGAUCAGACGAAGGGAUACACUCGCCAUCAAACUUGGCAACAGACCAUCCAAGAAAGAGCUAGAGGACAAAAACAUCCUGCAGCGAACGUCUGAAGAAGAAAGGCAGGAGCUGCGACAACAGAUCGGAACCAAGCUGGUCAGGAGACUCAGCCAGAGGCCAACCACUGAAGAAUUAGAGCAGAGAAACAUCUUAAAACAAAAGAAUGAAGAAGAGGAGCAGGAAGCAAAAAUGGAACUCAAACGGAGGCUCAGCCGGAAGCUCAGCCUAAGACCUACUGUGGCAGAGCUACAAGCCCGAAGAAUCCUGCGGUUUAAUGAGUAUGUGGAAGUCACAGAUUCCCCGGACUACGACAGACGUGCGGACAAGCCCUGGGCCAGGUUGACACCUGCGGACAAGGCAGCAAUAAGGAAAGAACUAAAUGAAUUUAAAAGCACGGAAAUGGAAGUUCACGAAGAGAGUCGACAGUUUACAAGGUUUCACCGUCCAUAAUGAAGCAUGGGACAGCUUGGAAAUAAGGACCCUGACAUUGCACUGAGAUUUGAAUGUGUGUGUUUCCGUUUCGUUGUGGUGAAGGAGGUGUACGACUCGGCUUUGGUUGAAGACGCUCCUCACCCUGACAGCCCAGACGAGGGCAACAAGCUGAGAGGCGGAUGCGGCAAGCCUGGCUGCCCACGGUGUGCACUGAUAUAAGGGGCACUCUGACUCUCUCAGCUAUGUUUCAGCGGGAAUUUUAAUCAAAGAAGACAAGCAGAAGACAAUCGCCAGUUUGGCUACCAGAAAGCCAUACGGUAUAGCACGUGUGGGUUCACAAACAAUAGACAUUGGAAUUGCUGGUGGCCACCCCAACAGGGUGGGAGCUGAAACUGAGAAAGAGAGAGAACCGUUUCAUUAUGUUAAUGAAGAGAAGAAGAGUGAAGAGAAGUAUAUUUUUGAAGUAGGCGUUCGGUAGCUGAGGACUUCCUAAGGGAUUUGGGAACCUACUCAACCAACGUAGAUUCCUUAAAGACUUCAUUCUAGAACAUUCUUGUUUCACCAAUAAUGGUUCUGUGUAGUAGCCUCUUUUUUUUUUUUUUUUAAUGUUGUGCCAGUGAACCCAGUUGCCAGAAACAAAUAUGAGUGUUCAUUCAAUGCAAGGAGCUCCUACCAGCUCUCACCAAGCAUGCUUGCUCUUGCUGUGUUGCAUGCCUUUCAGUAGUACAGCCAAGCCCACACUUUCUUAUAUUGCUUCCCUAACGUAUGAGCGCUCUACAAGGGUAACAGGAAUGAGGUCAGAUGCAAUGUGACCCUGUAAAACUGUGGCAAGCUUCAGAAAUAAAUCUUCUGCUCUUUCCCUGUCUUGAUUCUCUCCAAAGUCAGGAAACCAUCCUUUAGCUAAAGAAGAUGACCCGGACAGUCAUGGUACCCUUUAAACACUCAAUCCAGAGUUGUCACUUAAGCAACAUACAAGUGUCUGCUGCCUGCUCCAAGUCCUGAGAGGGGAUUUAAAGAACAUACCAGAUAGUUUAAAAUCCUGCAUUAAUUUUUUUUUAAUAUUAGGUUGCUGCUAUUUUUUUUAAAAAAAAGUGAAACAGUAAAAACCAAGCAUAUGAAUUUAACAAAAAUAUCCUGAGGCUUAAAGGAACACAGAAGACGACUUCUGGUUUAUGUAAAGGAAACCUUACCUUCUCUGAUGAAUUUGUGGAUCAUAUCCAUAUACCCGGUAUUUACUCCCCAUGCCAGAGAAGCAGUAAGAUCCCCGGGCCAGCUUCCCCAGGAGUCUGUAAUCAGUCUUGUUUACAUUAAAAAGCUUCCCCCCUCAAAUUGUUCUCUUCAGUGUCCGGCCCCAGCACAGAACCCCAGAAGGGCUUACUUGUGAUACUACCUUGAAUUUCGUUGUCCCUUAACAAUUGUUUUAAGCCCCUUGGAUUAAAAGAAGAAGAAAAAGAAGGCAGAAUCUAUAUCAUGCUUUUUUUUUCCUUAAGAAGGCAGAAUCUAUACCAGGUCUAUCUCAUUCUUUGAUCUGGAGCUAUGCCGAUUCUGAAGCCUGUAAUUUUCUAUUUCGAGUGAACAGUCAGCCUCGAAUCAGUCAAGUAAGUGUAGGCCCUGCCAUUCUGUGGUAUCUGGAGGGACCGCUUGAAAUUUGAUGAUUUCAUUUAAAAGUGAACGUGGUUAGCGGCAGCGGACUGUUGUGAAAGCCCAGAGGAACCGCGCCACGAGGUAACCAGCGUUCAUGCACCCACCGCCGUGCUUAGCCGUUUGCGGUAAUAAGACAAGGCUGCUGCCUACACUAGUUCGUCUGGCUAACAGCAUGAGGCAGACUUUGCUUUUGAAAUAGUGUCUGUGCGUGCACUAGUGUUUGUCUUUGUCUUUGGGGGCUUGCUCGUUCUAUUGUUGUUUUGCAGUGCCGGGACUGAACCAGGCCCUUGCGCAUGCUCUGUGUACUCUAACCCCUGAGCCAACACCCCUAACCUUCGUUUGACAAGAGUCUCAACUCAACCGUGAAUAGUAAUUUUGUUCUCAUUACUUAUAGAGUAGUUUUCCCUCGUGAUAUCCUACUAUCGUCUUAGUGUCGUGGGAAAAAGUGACAAGACAGGUGAUGUUCCUUCGUCUAUGCUUAUAAUCUCGAAACGUUUUAAAAACCUUCUAAUGAAAUGUCCUCAAAAUGUUGUAAAUUCAAGACAGGAGCAACACGGCUUGCCAUUCAAAGUGUGUUUCAUAGAAAGUUUCUGUCUGGUUGGUCAAAAGAACCUUUUUUCCCCACUAGUGGUGCAGGUGACACAGGUUUUAAUCUUCCACAGUUAAUGUUCAAAAUGCCACGCAUCGUUGAAGCUCCCAGUUCAGCCCCCAGUACUGCACAAACGAAAAUCUGUCUCCUGAUAACAUCUGCCAGAUUGGUGUUACCUACACCUUUUCUUCAUACUAACUGAUACAUUUCAAGAAGCUUUUGUGAGAAAGUUUAGAAAGCUAAAAAAUUAACUACUAACGGUCUAAUAUUUAAGUAACCUGGGACCACUGAUGACUUCAUUAUGAUGGCCUAGUACCUGUUUUAAAAGCCGUGGGAAGAAUUAAAAUAUCACGAGCCAAGCUGUACUUCUCAGAAUAAGGCUCUACUUUGCUGGGUAAUUUGUAAAGGCAGAAACGUUUAAAGGCUACAUAGCCUUAGCAGCAGCUCACUCACAGGUCUCCAUCCAGGCAUCCCCACAGAAGGCAAAGCUCCCUCUCCCUGUAAUUACCGCUCUGCCCACUGCCAGCAUUUCUGCAGUCCAACCAACAAGCAGCUACUCUUUAAGAAAAUAAAUGUGUGCAGAAACCAGGGCGUGCGUGCGUGCGUGCGUGUGUGUGUGUGUGUGCAUGUGUGUGUUGCCAUUGUAACACAAUUCCAGUUUUUCACUAAAGCAUACCAUUAGGCAAUGGAGUGAGCGUUCCUGACUCCGGAGUUAUACUAAGGAAAAGAAAAUUAGCCCACCUCACUGGAGGCCCCAACAAGAAAAGAAACUGGACCAGACAGAAAAGCCAAAGUGGCCAUUCGGAGGGAGACCCUGUUGGUAUUACGGUAUUGAGAAGACACUAAGCUCCCUUCACGCAGCAGCCUCGUGGUCAUCACCAACCAACCAACGUGACGAAUGCAGUCCUAAUCCGUGUUCGCCAGGGGCACCUUGGCUGGUCAUUUCCUGUAGGUAUGAAAUGUCUGGUGGUUUUGUGUGAGCUAUAAUUUACCUUUAUGUUUAUUCCUUAAGUUGUUUUAACCCGAAGUCUGCAAUAUCCAGAGAACCAUCUCGGGUAUUUGAGCACCUAUUAAAGGAAAGGCAAGCAUAUCCAUCUCUCUGCCUUCCCAGUGAAGAAGCUGACUUUCUGGUUUCUUUCUUCUUGCCCUUAUCAACCCAAUGAACGCAGUUCUCUGUCUCCGAUGUCGGGAGAAAGUUCUGGAACUUAAUUGCAAAUAUAUUUAAGGAAAGAGAAGAAUCUAAUAAGCCUUUCAAAAACCACCAAGUAUGGAAAUGAGUCGUGAGUCCUGAGAAAAGGUCAGGCAGGCUUUGUAUCCUGUAAUUAACCCAGCGAUCCAUUGGCGCUUUUUUAAAAAUACAGGAGUUUGUACUCGAGGGAGAACAUGGGUUCAUCUCACAUGUCCAGAUACGUGCAACCCCACAGCAACACAUGCCGGACACCCGUGACCGUUAGGCUGUAGGCACACUAGAAAGAGGCCGGUCUGCCAUGUAGCAGCGGUCUGUCUGCAUUUGAACAGUAAAAAAUAGUUUCCUCUUCUCCAUGUCUUGUUCUAAAACAUCCAUCCUGUGUUGCUUGGGCUUGGCCCUAGCCGCGUAUUUUAGAGACAUCAACAUUCCUUAGUGUAUGUGAAACGGGCUUAAUCUAACACAGGAUGUAUGGAUUUAUGUCCUUUUCCUCCUCGGCACGGCGGAUUUGUUUAUGCAUUCCUAAAUCCCCACUUCACUUACUUAUCGUUACAAGUACGGGGAGCUCUACUGGGGAGGUCAUUUUUCCUUCAGGGCUGUACAGGACACAGAUUGUCCCUUCACCCCUUAAAAUGAUUAAUCCUUUGUUAGUAUUCGCUGUCUAUUGACUGGCUGAUAUGUUUUUAUUUAACAAAAGCAGAACGAACCUUUAGGAGAUAUGUGCUAGAGGGGCCAACGGGGACAAAAAAUAAGCAAUUGUCAAAUUAAUGAGAACAGCUUCCUGAAAGAAACCAUAUUCUCAGGCAACUCAAAGUCGAGCUCCACAGAGGGACUCUAGGUCUCCCUACAGAGGCACUCGGGGACCAAAGGGUGAUGGAGAUGGAGGUGACCAUUCUCGUUUUUGCUUCCUGUUUCCCUUUUCUAAUCGUUAAGUCUAAAACCUCUUUUGAAGCUUGAACCACUGUUGGCAUUUCUAGAAAGCAACUGUAAUAGGGGCUAGUGCUUUUCUUUCUUUCUUUCUUUCUUUCUUUCUUUCUUUCUUUCUUUCUUUUUUUAGUAUGACUGUAUUUUGUUUUGUUUGUUUGUUGAGGCCAGCUUCACCCCAUAAUUUUUUUUAAAAAAAUUUCAUUUUUUACAUUUAAAAAAAAUGCAAGUUUUUUUUUCCCAAAGAAAUGGAGAGUCCUGUGGCUGCUAUCCCGGCCUAAUGCCAGUUUUUAACCAUGUUGGGUUGUGCUGCAGGGAAAUGCCAGUUAGCCUGUUGCUUCUUUAACACAGCUGCCUGUGAACAAAGAAGCGCUGAUAGAUGUCUCCCGGUGGGGGUGCUGUUGGUAUUUGGAUCUGGGUAAAUCCUUGCUGUGCUGAAAUGUACCACAUGUUGCAAGAUGUUCAGUAUCCUGGGCUCCUGGUGACUCAACACCAGACAUUGUGAGAACCGGAAAAAAAGAAAAGAAAAGAAAAGAAAAGAAAAGAAAAGAAAAGAAAAGAAAAGAGAAGAAAAAAGCUUCCCGUUUGCCUGCAUAGAAGGAUAAACCCCUCACCUGAGUGCCACUGUCUCCUGCAACAAGGGUACAUGGGGGAACCUGCCUGUCUCUAAAUACCAUGUCUACUGCCUUGCACGUCUCUACCCACUUCUCUUUCAAAGCCUUCUGCUUAGAUGCAGCUUAAACUGGCCUGUUCCCUAGAAAAGAGCUUCCUAGGUAGUCUUGUCCAUUACGGUGGGCAGCGUGACAUGGCCUGAUAUUUCUGGAGGGUACACGAAGCAAGUCUUGUUCAUUACUUCUGUGUUACUUCAGAACUAGACUCCUGGUUGCCAGAACACAGUGUCUCUGAGUAAAACACUGGUCUUUGGAACUCAGCAUUGGAUUCUACCUGGUCAUACUGAAGACCGAGUUGCAAAAAGAGUCUCCCUUCCUCCUGUUGACAACGGAGUUAAUCCACACAAAAAGACACGGGGACUCCCUCGUGUAAACAUCCACACGGUUCCGCUUUCCUAAUAAGACGUGCAAAUAUGACAUGUUGGCAGGAACGUAGGUAAACUGGAUUGCAUUCAUGCUGUUCACACCACAGACGGGCAAAACGAAAUGAGUUUUCCCCCAGGUGUAGCUCGAUCAAGCUGUGCUAACCGUACAGAAAGACGCUCUUUACGCCACUGAAAUUAAAUAGUCAGUGGGUCUUGAAAAAUAUUUAGAUGAAUUGCAGCUAGCUGCAAGGAUGGAAUUAAUUCCUCCCAUUCUUCACAUUAAAAUUCUGAAGACUCCCCGCCCCUCCCCCUUCUUUUAAGCAUAGCAACUUGGAGUCAGUAAAGGUGGCCAUAGCGUAAACCUAUAGAUGGUGCUUUAAAACAAAAUCGUAUCUUUCUUAAUAGCAGUAUUUUUUAAAGCAGAGAAUAGACUGAAAGAAGUAAAUGCGGCAGAACGCUGUUCCACACUCAGGUAAAUUUUGUGGUUUAUUAAAAUGCCAAUAAUAUUUGUGCACUUGCCAGCGUCAGGGGCUUUUCCCUUAAUGGAUGCUCUCGGUGUGAUUUUUUUCCUCUUCUUUAACUGUAUCGUUACAUUGUUUAGAGAGCAUCCACCACCAGGAUUUGCCACCGUAGUGAUAACUAGCAUUAGGAAAGAAUUACCGAGAACUGAGGGUCAAACCACUUUCAUCACCUAAACGACAGGCACUAGUUCUUUAGUAUUUCUUCAGUGGCUUGGGUGUGCCCAUGUAUUCAAAGCAUUCCGCACGAAUUUUACCAGUUAAAUACCGGCUGAAAAGUCAGACCAGUCUCUCUCCGCACCUCCUCUCUCUGUAACAAUGUUUCGUUUUUGUUUUGUUUUUUUCCCAUAAUGAGCUGUCUGUGUUCUUUUGUUAUUUCAAACUUUGGUUCAAGUGGUAGCAAUGGUACACACUGUGAUGGUGGGGAGACUAGCUGGGUGAGUCUCUAGUGUGUGAUCUAAUCUUUACAUGGGUGUGCUAUCUGUGGGUGUUGAUAACUGGAACUGUACCCGGACAACACGACAGUUUCUCUCUCUUCCUGUUCCUGAUUCACUACUAUAUCAUAGUACGUGGGUAUGACCCCUGCGAGUAUCCACACCGAAGCCUAUGUAUUCCACAAUUGUAACCUGAAAGACCAUGCAUUAUCUUUUUUUAAUUCAUACUGGUGUUUGUGUUAUUUAAAGUGGAAAAUUAUACCCUAUCUAGUAGUAUAAUGUAAUAUAAUAGGAUACUCCGCUGUGCACAGUUCCAAGUGCCUUAGAACAUUGUUUAGCUUUCCUAAGUAUACGUAAAUGCAUAUAUGUGUGUAUAAAAUUGGGAAAUGUUACCUCAAUAAAGUCAUUGGGAAAUCCUA